AUGAACAAGUUGGUGAUACUCCUGAUCGCUUCGGCAGCUCUCUGUUUACAUUGUGAGGCGAAAGUGUUCACAAGAUGUGGCUUGGUCCAAGAACUAAGAAGGCAAGGCUUCCCGAGUAACCAACUUCGUAAUUGGGUAUGUCUGAUUGAGGCGGAGAGCAGUCGCAACACGGCCAUAAUCAGUGAGCCCAACAGCAAAGGCUGGCGGGACUGGGGCCUGUUCCAGAUCAACGACGAGUUCUGGUGCAGCACUACCAACUCGCCCGGGAAGGACUGCAACGUCCGCUGUGCUGACCUGAUAACGGACGACAUCACCAAGGCGUCGAACUGCGCCAAGAUCAUAUUCAGGCGACACAACUUCAACGCUUGGUACGGAUGGAUCAACAGGUGCAGGGGGAAGCCUCUACCUGAUAUUAGCAGGUGCUGA